AUGGUAUUUAAAUCGAAAAGUGAUUAUAUCUUUGGAGCAUACUCUCCUUGUAAAUGGGAAUCAUGUAAUGGUAAAUAUAUAGAAGAUAAUACAUUAUCAUCUUUUAUAUUUUCAUAAACUCAUGAUUAAGUUUAUCCUUUGAAGUAAGAUUAAAAAUAAUAUGCUAUUUAUUGUCAUUCAAGUGUUGGACCUAGAUUUGGAUAAGGACAUGAUAUUUAAAUAAAUAGUGAUUUUACUGAUGGUAAUUCUAGAUUAGGUUGUUUAUAUUAAUUUAAUUAAUAUAAGAAUUAAAAUGAUGAUCCAUAUUUAUAUCGAAAAUAGUUAGCUAACUGGAAUCAAAUUUUAUUCAGACCCCUUAAUUAUCAUGACAGAAUUCAUAAUAAACUUAUUAUCCAAAUGAGUCUAAAGGAUUAUUAUUUCUUUUUAUCAUUAUUAGAUGAACUAAAUUAUAAAAUUUGUAUUAAGGUUUAUAUUAUUUAAAAAAAUACUAUCAUGCAGAUUUAAAUCCAAAUUAAAUUUGGUGAGUAUGUAAUUGUUUUAAGACAGUCACCAAGAAUUGAAACUAUAGUACUUCUAAGCCUAUGGUAAUGAAAUAUUAAAAUCCUAACUUUUCCUUGAUGCCCUAUAGAUUUUAGAAAAAGAUAUGCAAGAUGUAAAAACUUUAACUAAAUCUGCUGAAAAAAUCAAAUCUGAGCCAGAUAAACGAACUAAAUUGAAGAAUUUACUUAAAGCUGGAAUCUUAGAGCCUCUUUCCACUGAAAAGUGA